CCCCAUUCAUCCCUCGCCGCCCAGCACACGACGCCCUUGCCCUUUCCCCUCGCCGCCCCCCUCGCCCUCACAGCACCCCACCGAGCAGCGGCUCUCAGUCUUCCAGUCUGGCUCGUCCUGUGCAGCAGUCGAGUCUCGCCGGGGAGACGUUUGCCCGCUUGCACCCGCACCCGCACCGCCGUCUAUGGUAGCAAAGUCGAAGAGGACCGCGGCGCACGACAAGCGACACGAGAAUGGCCUUGCCGCCCCCGGCAGACGCAUCGACAAGCAGAAGAGCAACCCGGCCCUCAGUGCCAACGCCCCCAAUGGGAAGACUACGGCACAGCCCAGGCCCCAGCCUGGCCAUGUAGUAGACAGCAGUGACACGGCGCCAGCAAACACGCUCCUUCACCACGACGCCGCCACUGCCACCAUGCCUGCCGCCGCCGCCGCCUUGUCGUCCUCUGCCUCGUCGGCCACCCCCUCCGCCUCCUCCGCCAUCACCACUCCCGCUGCCCCCCACGCCCGCUCACACGACCGCACGCGCGCCGCUUCGGACGCCUCCAACGACAAUUCCACAGAUGCCUGUCGCCCCUACGACAAUGCUACGGCUCCCUUUGACCCCAUGUCAUCGACUCUCCGCCGCGCAGACACCACAGGCUCCAAGCACGCUUCGCUGUCCAUGACCACCAUGCUCUCUGUCCCCGCCACCAUUCUCACGUCCUGUCCGCUGCGGGACGUGCUCGCCAUCCUCAUCAUCCUCCUCCAGCUCCCUCCAACCGUCCUCACCGUCGUUCAGUUUCUCUUCGCUACCCUCACCUUUGUCCCGCCCCAGGCUGGUACCCCCCUCUCCGCCCUCUCUGCCUUCCCCUCCUUUACCGACAUCUUCCAGGGCUCCGGCGGCACGCCCUCGCUCUUCACCACAAUCAUUGCCGACACCGUCAUUCUUAUGAUAUGGCUGUUGCUGUGGGUCCCUGCCCAGAACUUCUUCCUCGACCUGGCACAGGCCGUCAUUGCCAUCGCUCUGGGAGGAGCUGCAGCCGGAAAAAAGGGCACAACCAAUAGCAUUAUCAUAUGCUUUCUUAUUAUUUUCACCAGCCACAUCUUCAGAUUUAGGCCUCUCCGGCAACACAUUGUCCACUUUCUUUGGACAGGGCUCGCCCGGGGAGGCCUUGAAUUUUUGACGAGCCCCCCGAGUACGCCGACCUCAUUGGAAAGCUUCUCAACCCCCCACGGAUGGCCUCGCAGCCUCCUGGGUAUUCAUAUUCUAGCCCAAGGUGUCGUUCGCAUCAUCCGACGCUCUCUGUCUCGACGAGAACACACAACUCUACCUACUGGCAAGAAGACAGACCCCGAAUCCGGUGUGCUUCAACGCUCCAACUCAAUUAACCAUGAACCAGCUGCCGAUGUGCCCAAUGCCUCGAGCACCGACGGCCGCCCCCCGGGGCCGUCGCCCGCCGUACACGCACACAAGGAUAAAGCAAGUAGUGGUAGGAGGAAGAGAAAGCAAGCCACUCAUGUUCGGAGUCAGCAGCCGUUUUGGGCUGCCCUUGCAAGUACAAAAGUUACUGUUUUAAAAGAAAUGGAGAGUAGCCGGGCGGCAAACGAUGCCGACGAGGCUAACGCAAAAGACGCAAAUCACAUUGGAAACGCUGUUUGGAGACCGGAAGACGAUCGUGUUUGGAUUUCAGAAGUCGGCUUUUCCGACAUUUCAUUUCGUGUUAGUUUAGCUGGUGGAACUAGUAUUCAGGAGCAGAACGAGGAAGAUUCGAGCCUCGGAUCCGGCAUCGACAAGUCAAAGCCAUUCUACAUCCGUGUCAAUGGCGCCGAUUGGAGCUCUGCCCGGAUCCGGCAAAGCGAACCUGUUGGUUUUGAAGGUCAGGAGGGAACGGGCUACUGGGUAGGGGAGAUUUUUGGGUUAACGGCACUGUCCAACUACUACUGCGAGUUUGUCAGGACCAACGACAACGAAGUCUUCUACUCAGCAAGCCUUAUUACCUCGGCCAGCCCUGUCACCGAGCUCGCUUUAGCCUCCAUUGCCUCCCCGCCAGCGCAUCAGACCCUACGACCUUCUUCGCCUACUACGACAUUGAAAAACUCUAUUGCGGCAGCCGAUCAGCAGUUACAAGAGCAACGCAAUCGCCUGAAGCGGAACAAAAAGGACCACAAAACUGCCAUCACCAAUAUCAAGAAAGAGGUGGAUACUCUCGGAAACCGCCUUGCCAACGCCGGUGGCAGUGAUGAACGCCAACGCCAGCGUGUCCUCCAAUUCACCCAGAAUAUUCGCCAGGCCGAUGAUGCAGCCGCAGAUUUUGCCCUUCAAGCAGAGAAUCUGGGAUGCAUUCCCGAAGAGGAAUCCAAGGAAGCCGCAGCCAAGAAAGCCGAAUGGAAGAAGGAGCGUGACAAUAAGAAUGCCGUUGCGAGCGAGUUCGACAAGACCAAGGAAGAGAUUGAGCGCCAGGUUCAAAGCGUCCAGAAUGACAUCAACAACGCUUACCAGAAGAGAGAGCGUCUUCAGCAGCGUCAAACCAGGCUCAACGAGCAGCACGACCGUCUUGUCACCGCCAAUGCCGAAGGCUUCACCGCCAAGCAACGAAGAGAGCAAGAACGUGCAGCUUUGCGAGCACAGCGCGCUGAAGUCGAGCAUCAAUAUCAGAGCAACAUCAUCAACUACGAAAGGCGAACUGAAGAGCAAAAUCUCUCGACUACUCAAAUCAUGCAAACCGUGCAGCAUUACGAAGAGCUCAUGAUUCAGCAAGCCCAACAACACAUGUCUGUUCCGACAACACCUGAUGGCAAUCUCCCUGGCACAAGCAUGUCUCCUCAUAACAACGGUUUCGCCAGCUUCACGUUCCCAUCACUCAACUCCCACAUGAACAGCACACCUGGUUCCAUGCGUGGCGGUCGUGGUCGCUCUUCGUCAAUGCUUUCCAACGUAUCUGGCUUCACUGACACUUUCGAUGAGCCCUCCUCUAUGGCUCCCUAUGUGCUUGGCAAUCCUUUCAAUACUCCUGGACCCGUCAAUGGACGUAACCGCAGUCAUGGGAGUGGCAGUUUGAGCUCGGGUACGUCGAGCCAAACUUCGAGCCAGAGGGAUCCCAUGAGUCCUGUCCAAAGUACCAAGCCCAUGAUGGUUCGAAGCGUAACAAAUGGUAGCAACGGUUUCAUGAGUCCGAUUGGGACUGGUCGAUAAAAGCGUGGGAAAAAAAUGGGAUCUGUUUUUUUGCCGGAUCUCCUAGAUAGCUCUCCAAUGUGAUUAUAUGUGUUCU